AUGCCGCCGGAAAUACUCGAAAAGAUCCUCGAAUUCACCGUCCCCCAACGUGUCACUAUCGUGACAACACAUCAACGCGAUUACUCACGCUACAGCUAUCAAGAGUACGAAUACUUUUGGUCUGACACGACUGCAUGGAAACAAUGCCAUCCGUUCUACUGGCGCGAUGAUGAUGGCUCCCGAAUCAGGAAUCUGUUGAUCUGGGAUUGCAGGCCUUGGACUCUUCUUCUCAUCUCGAAGGGCAUUCGUCAGGUUGCGGCGAAAAUAUUCUGGAAACGCAUCCACUUCGAAUUCUGGGUUAGAGGCGGCAGCAUGGCUACGUAUCGCAGCUACUUUCAUGAUACUGUCAAGGAUCAGGUUCGCGAUCAUUUUGAGAAGAUCUUGACGAGGGAGGACGUCUAG